AUGCCUGGCUCCGACCGUCGACGUCAGGGCGGAUCUCCGACGGGUCUCCCCCGAGAGGGCUGGCCUCCGGGAGGCGGCUUCGCCGCGACGGCGUGCAGGCAGGCCGCCCCGCGGGCGCGGGCCGCGUCCGGGGCCUCGUGGCGGUGGCGCCCCGUCGCCGCAGCCCGCCUCGUCAGGGCCGUCCCGCCGUCGCAGAGCUUGCCGAGGUCUAUCGGGCCGGGCAAGAGUCUGGACGACGCAAGCUCGGGGCGCGGCAGCAGCGAACGAGGCGUGAAGACCUUCGCGAGGACGGGGCCGAGCUAG